AUAAAGUCUACCGCACAUAGGAUAGACAACUCAGAGGGAAAUCCCAUCAGUGCGCUGUCAGUCUACAACACAUUUGGAAAUGAAGGGAAUCGUUAGCUGUUGCGUGCUCGUCACUAUCCUGGUCAUAGCUGCCGAUGUGCAUGCGUACAGGAAAUUCGGACGCGAUUGUCGGGAUAUUGCGUGUGCUCCGGGAGAGAGAUGCAUAAUCUCUAGAGUUCCCUGCAAUGCUCCAGAUGAGCUUGAGGAAAAUCAAUGCGGACAAUAUCCAGUGUGUGAGGAGGUGGAGCAGAAGCAAAUGAGUGCAGAUCAGAAGACAAACGCUUUCACGAUCGAUACCACACAGACCAUAGCCAACACUCGCAGUAGCAUCACCACACUCACCAGCACGAUCAAGAGCACCAACCGCACCCAACCGAACCGAUCGAAAAUCAUUCCGGACAGGGACAAUGACUUUGAGCUGCUGAACGAUUACGAAAACAUAGAUUCAUCCUCCACUCUUGAACGACAACGACAGGCCAACGUUCUGGUCAUUGUGCAAGAUGGACCUCAGCAGUCCCAGCUACCAAACAGGGGCCUGGGACAGUAUCCGCCCUGCACUAUUAGUCCCUAUUAUCCGUAUAACUGUAACUAUCCGCUCCGCUCUAACGUGCCUGGCUCCCUCUCUACAGGCAUUGGAUUGCCCCCCUAUCCCCAGACAAGAGCAGCGAAUGUUCCCCAAUUAGUGCCACCCACCCCACCUUGCUAUUACAAUUGCUACCCCAGAGGGACUCAGAGUCCCUACGGUCAAUAUGGGUAUCCCCUUGCCCGAUCCACCAGGCCCGUCACAUCGACCAACAACUAUUUGUUUUAUCUCUCGCUUGCUGGCUAAACUGGGUCCGUAUUUCUAUUCUUCUUCUCGCCAGCUCUGCACCGACUUCGGCGUACGCCUCAGUGGUUGCCAGUUCCUCCA